AUGCCACCACCACCACCGCCUCCUCCACCACCACCAUUGCUGCCAGCGUCGAUGACAGCUAGUGGCGAUCGAUCUUGUCUUUUAAAUGAAAUUGGAAACUUCAAGAUAGGCGCUCUUAAAAAAACGAUUACUAAUGAUAGAAGUGCACCGAUUAUUGGAGGUUCAACUAAUAAUAAUACGCGAAAUUCUACUACAAAUCGAUCAAAUAUAAAUGAAAGACCAAAUACAGCUCCACUAAUCACACCAAAUCAACUUAAUGCUACAAUGUUGAAACCAUCUGCUAUUGGUGGAUCAACUGGAAAAGUUAAAAGACCAUCAAUUCCACACGCGACUACUUCUACUCCCCCCCCACCACCACCGCCACCACCUGUGCAUCAACCAGUUGUAAAAACACCUUCAUUUGAUCAAUCUCAUCAUGGAAUUGAUGGUGUCGCUUCAACACGAAAUUUUACUCAUCAAGCACCGAGGCUUCCUCCACGUGAACCUCCACCACCACCACCAUCGAAUGAAAGUAAACCGAAACUAGGACAUCCAUCAUCUUCAUUAAUAGGUUUCCAACAAAAAAACACUCGUGCUCCACCACCUCCACCACCUCCAUAUUCUUCAACUAAUAAUGAUCAUUCAUCAUCAGAUAAUAUUUCAAAAUCUCCGAAACAGAUCAAUCUUAAUGGCCCUCCUCCAGCACCGCCACCACCUCCACCUCCACCUCGAGGUGUAGCUCCGACAAACAAUAAUGGUACAAUUCGUCGAGCAUCUUCUGACUUUGUUGAUCAUUCAUAUUCCGAUCGACGAUAUGAUCAAUCAAAUAUUGCAGCACUUGAUUAUGAUCAUCAUUUCGAAGCUCGUUUUCGAUUCACUCCACUUGAAUAUCUUCCAAUACCUGAACGAUGGCAACCACCUUCAGCACAUACAAGAUCUUCAAAACAUCAUGUAAAUGUUCGUUAA